CUCAUAUGACUUGUUUCUUGUGGUUUGGUGAUUACAUCAUGGAUUCUUCUUCGAUAAUACCACCCCCAGGUGGGAAUGGUCACAGGAGGUUUCCCGAUUUUAAACCGAGAGACGCGUUCAAGAAGUUUUGUCGUGAUGUUAUUUCGGCCACUCAAGUCUCUCGAUCGGUCAUUCACUUAUCGCUAUUAUAUAUUCAUAGGAUGAAGAUAAAUAAUCCUACAAUAAAAGGUCAAAAUGGUUCUGAAUAUAGAACUUUUACCGUGGCUCUUAUGUUGGCUAAUAAAUUUUUGGACGACAAUACUUAUACAAAUAAAACUUGGUCAGAAGUUACUAAUAUACCUGUUUGUGAGAUAAAUACUAUGGAAAUGGAAUUCUUGGGCUCUUUGAAUUAUCAAUUAUACGUUUCAGAGAAACAAUAUUUCGAAUGGGUUCAAAAUUUAGCCACUUACUUUCGAAUUGGAGAUAAUUUUCAUGAUGAUGAUAAUUCUUCCCCGGAUU